UAUGCAGUUAAGUUUAAACUGCAUAAUCUGCAACUUCAGCUAAAAUGGUAAAGAUUAUUUUUUAUCACUGCUUACAAGGACAAGAAGAGUGAACUUUGCUCACUUAUAAACAUGUUACUGUCCUCAUUUAUAGUGUAUCAGAGGUUAAAUGAGUCCACCAGGUUUGGCAGAUUUUAUACAUAUAUAUAACUUGAUUCUUUGGGCAUUCAGUCUAUUGUUUCAGGAAUACUCCAGCAUGAUGAAGGUGAAAGUUGCCGUAAUUGGAGCUGGCAUAGUUGGGAUGUCUACAGCUGUGUGUAUAGCUGAGGCUUUGCCCUUCUGCACGGUCACUGUUCUGGCUGAGAAAUUCUCUCCAGACACCACCAGUGAUAUAGCUGCUGGACUCCUUUUGCCCAAGGAGAUACCAGGUAUCCCUCUGGAACGUCAGCUGCGUUGGUUUAAAGGCACGUUUGAUCAUCUGCUGGCAAUUUCUGAAUCAACACAGGCCUCAGAAGCAGGAGUAUUACUGAGCUCAGGAUACCAGCUAUUCAAAGAGGUCCCUAGUAUCACGAAACCAUACUGGGCUGAUAUUGUGUUUGGAUUUCGGACUAUGACAGAUCAUGAGAUGAAGAGAUUCCCUAAUUAUAAACUUGGUCAAGCCCUAAUGACUUUAAAGUGUGAAGGCCUCAGAUAUCUGCCAUGGCUGGAGAAAAGAUUGACGAAAGCUGGAGGUCAGAUAAAACGAGAAAAAGUUACUGACCUUCAGAAGCUUGCUGAAAGCUAUGAUGUCAUCGUCAACUGCUCCGGCCUCGGCUCUCGUUAUUUGGUGGGGGAUGAGCAGGUCCAUCCUAUACGUGGUCAGAUCAUCAAGGUUCACGCACCAUGGGUGAAGAAUUUCAUUCGUGUGUUAGGUGAAAAUACCUACAUCUACCCUGGCAUUGAUUAUGUCACUCUGGGGGGUACGCAGCAGGUAAAUGACUGGCGCAUGGAGGUGGAUAAGGAUAACAGUAAAGACAUCAUGAAAAGCUGCAGUGAGCUUAUACCAUCCCUAAGAACAGCUCAGGUGCUGGGAGAACAGGUGGGGCUGAGGCCUGGAAGGAGCAACCUGCGUCUGGAGAGAGAAUGGCUGCAGGUUCAGGCUCGUCAUGUGCCACUGGUGCACAAUUAUGGCCAUGGCUCCUGGGGCAUCUCAUUGAGCUGGGGCACUGCACUGGAGGCACUGGAUUUCGUGAGGAAAAGUCUACAUGAGAAACCCCCUCAUGCCAGACUAUGAAUGCACAGAAGCCAUAUAGUCAUGCUGAUUACAUAAACUCCCCAGAGUUUUUCAAAGUGGGGCAAAUCAUAGUACGGUACAUUCAUAUACUUGAGGGCAGGUCACCAAAAAUAUUAUUCAAAAACUAUACAUACUACAUAUUUAGUGAAAAAGACUUUUGAGGACUAACUGCAGCAAGAUGCGAGCAAUAGCUAGUCAAAGAAAGUAAUAUUAAUAAAUUCAUGCUUCUCUUCAGAACAAAUGACACUAACCACUUUAGUUAAGGAUUCUUUCAAAAUUUUACAAAAAGUUUUCCAUACUUAAUGGUUGGAAACAUCAACAUGUAUUAGCUCUAGUAAUGUUCUGCACCCUAUUUUCUCUGAUAAAAAUAGUAAACAGAAUUGCUUCCAGCUGUUUUGGGUUUCUAUGGCUUCUCUUUCACUUAACAUUUUUCAUAAUGUUUUGUUUUAUGAUAUUAAAUUCUUUAAAUACUGCAACAGCCAAUUGACAGAUAAAGCAUAUUUACUGUGGGUCUAGUGAGUAUUCUUAUUUCCAGAUCUGUGAAAAAAUCUAAUCUGUGUGUGAUGUUUGAUUUAACACAGACUGGCUUGCAAUUCACUAGAUUUCAGUCCUAUAGAAAACUUUACGGAUUAGUUGGAACAGCAUGUACAGGACACUACUGAGCUCUUUAUCUGACAGAACUGAUGCUGUUGUUAAGGUGACUAGAGGAAAAGGCACCUAAAUAUAAGUGAGUAAGUUUAAUUGCAAUAAAUAGGAAGACAGUCGAAGAGAGAUCAAAUUUCAAUUCAUUAUGAACUAAAAACUUGCACUAACAUUAAUUUGUCAUGUUUAGAACACACGAUGACUAACAUCCUGUUCAAGUCUUGUUAAAAUAAUUUUAAUAAACACAUUUUUUGAUCCACAGAA